AUGCUCCAUCGUCAGAGAUCUCUAUCGUUUACCGGCGGAACGCCGACGUCUCCAAUUUUCGACGUCUGUUUCGAUGACGACGACGAUGACGUGGCAAGAAGUCAGUUUUUGGCACCGUGCCAAAAAUUUUGGGGUGAUGAAGAGGACGAGAGAGAAGAGACGCCGACGGGAGAAAGCGUAAUGGCCACCCUCCACAACAAAGUUGGAGCAAUUAUACAGGAUGGAAUAGUAGAAGGACAACGAUUUGCGUUGAGUUCGGAUUUAUGGAGGUGA